AUGGAGCAUCCGAACUACAAUUCAACCUCUGUGCCCAAUUCUAACCAGACCACUAGUAUGGUGAGCUACAAACCAGUAGGCAUUACUGUGUUACUCGGCUUGUGCUGCUUGGUGGGUUGGGCAGGCAACAUUGCUGUGAUCAACAUGAUCUCUCGUCAGUGGAACCAGCGUCUGAGUUUUACCGUGAAGCUAAUGCUAAACCUGGCUAUAUCUGAUUUUUUGGUCCUUGCAUUGGCUCCUGUUGUAGCCUACAGUCUUCUGUAUGGAUGGACCUUUGGCAUUUGGGCCUGCAGGAUCUUGAAGUAUCUGAUCUACUCUGCUAUGUAUGCUAGUGUGUUGACUGUGACUAUGAUGGCUGUGCACCAUUACUAUACUGUUCGGACACUAGUCCCUUAUCGUCAUCAACUGGAAAGACUGCAAAAGAAUCGCAGGUGUGUAUUGCUUAUUGGGCUCUGGAGUUUAGCCCUACUUUUUGCACUGCCCAUUCUUUUUACUCAAGAUGUUCAGUUCAAGAGGGGAUCUCCAAGAUGCCAGAGGACUGUGAAGUCAGUGUCUGGUAAAGUUACAGCUCUUCUUUUUGAGGUCAUGCUUGGAUUUGUCUUGCCUUUCUCUACUAUACUGGUAUCAUACUGCUGGAUCAACAUGACAAAGCUUCAAAAAGGCCAAACGGCUGAGAAAAGAAAGAGAAGAAUGAGAAUGCUUGUUAUCAGUAUUGUCACUGCCUUCUUUAUUUUCUGGACUCCUGUACAUAUCAUCAAUGUAAUCGAUGUUGUUACUAUUCUAACGCAGUCAUCUUUUCCAGAUGUCUAUGCUCGACUGAAAUCUUUCCGUACAGUGACUGGGGAUUUAACCAAAACUGUUGCUGUUAUUAACUGUUGUGUAAACCCUUUUCUGUAUGCUUUUGCAUCAGGUCUGAUCACAAAAAGAAGGGAGCAAAAGGAAAAAGAGACCAGUACUAACAUUACGUUAACAAAUGUUUCUUAA